UAGAAGAGCGUGAGCUGACCUCCGCGUCGGAGCACGGCAACUGUAACUUGUAUUUCAAUCUCUACCGAGCCGUCAGAACCUACUUUCAUACCGAAUCCAAUUCCUCCCGCGUCGACUGGGCCGACCUCCGGCUCCAAUGCCUGAUAGAUUUGCUCAGCCCUUGCAUAUCUGCGGGGGUUACCUCGGAUGUCCUCAACUCGGCGCAGCUCAAGCGCCCAUACCCUGACAAUAGCAACGACACCUUGCCGCGGAAGCGAGUAAUACUCCUCGACCCGGAGCUCAAGCGAGUAGUUAAGCCGCUUCAAAAGCCGGAAGUCAGCCGAGUGAACGAGCCGCUCGAAAAUUCGCCAGUAGCAGCUGUCAUCCCUUCCCCAACACAUGCCGAAUAUAUGAGCAUCAUGUCUGCGGCAUUAAGUAAACGAGCCCACGAAGCAGAUUUCAGUGGCAUACUAUUAGAGACGUCGAUGAAUCUCAUAGGAUCGGCUUUGAACGCCGGCAAAAAGUUCGCUAUCGUCGCCCGCACUUUUCAGAUGCUAUUCGAGAGUGCUGACCGCGGUAUCCCACACUUACUUAAGCGGGAAAGUCUGUGUCAAUUCACACCCCCGGUCAACUCACGGCGCGAGCUCGACCCUAAGGAGUUGGAUCAAGCGUGGCACCGUCUACAGGCUAUUACUUCAGCCGAGCGUGCUAGUCACGGAAGCAUGGCCCUUCUACGGAUUUAUCGCGCCGAAUUCUCCCGUUAUUACGAGGCCCUAAUAGACAAGAAGAGCCAGGAACUCAAAGCCAUGCGGAACCGCCGAGAACGUGAUGGUGCUGUGGAUCACUCCACCGCGAGAGCUCGCGUGAAAGCAGAGCUCCAGGAGGCGUUUCAUAUUAGCAAAGAGGACUUGAUAAAGCAUACCGUGAUUGGAAAGACGAUGGAUAAGAUUGCUCAGAGGUUCGGAUUACAGCUUCUGGCGCUUCUACCAACUAGACCUAUUACGCCAAGGCUUCAAAUCACGGUGGAGGGAGUACGGUCUUUAGAUAAGGACAUCCAGCCCUCAGAGUUUGAAAAGAUGUCUCAAGAUCAACUUACCUUCUUUAUCGAGAGUCUCCUACAGGUGUGCCCUUACGUUGAGCAAGUCAAGUACCUCUCCAGCAGAACAAUACAGGCUAUUAUCCACCCUAGCUCACCUCUUCCGGAUAUCAGAGCCUGCUAUGGCGACAUUCGCCACCUUAACGAUGUUGCAUCCUUUGCGGAGCUUGUCCAACUGCUCUCACCGCAGCCCCAACAAUAG